GCAAGGAGGUCGGCCUCCGAGUAAGGUGAUUGAGGCCUUUGUUGCCUGAUCCAUACUCCGCUGCAACGAUAUGCUACUCAACACUGCCCCAUGAUCCGCAUUUCCUGGUCCAACGCCCCUCCCAUCUCCAAGUCUAAUCAUCUAGCCCAGUCUGACGCGAAUUCCCGAUUAUCAGCAGAUGACUGUGCUGGCCUAGGCGCACCAGUUCCACUGGCCGGAUCUACUUAUCCCGCACCUUGUCUGCUCUUAUCUAGCCUGGUGUCAGCGGAAGUCUAUGGCCUAGCCUAGCCAGGUCAUUAAUCGCCGCCUAUUGCAGCCUGUCUGGAGUCAGCGAUAAUCCCAUUGGGGGCUCAUCAUGUCACCGCCUGCAGUUCCAAGCGGUUCCUCGCAGAAGCUUGCUUCUCCAGGAUUCAAUGCUGGAGCCAGACCAUACCGGUCACACAAGGUUAGGGCCUGCGAUUUGUGUAGGAAACGCAAAUCUCGAUGUACAGUAGACAUUCCUGGACAAUCGUGUCUCCUUUGUCGGGUCCAAGGCGCGGAUUGUUAUUACCAAGAGGAGCCCAGUCAUGACCAUCUCAUGAACAACGGGGACUCUAAAUCAUGGGCGCCAGACCACACGCGUGUUUCAUUGUUAGGUCAGAAGCGCAAGCGCUCCCCAGACCUCGAUUCCCCUUCCAAUACCAGCCGACGACAGGCUUCCAGCGGGGCCCAUUCGGACUCAGCGAUAGACCGUCGGAGAAGCGAGUCCAGAAGCCAAGGAAUCGAAGAUCCCCACAAUGAAUCAGUUCUCAUAGUCGGACCUGUCGUGGCCGAGGAUGCCCAGGUGAUUGAGCGGUAUAUACCACCUGAGGGAACCAACAGAUCUGUGGAGCCGAAAAAUCAACCAUAUAAUGUCUAUUCAAGCGACCCACAGAAACCAAUCCUCUACACAACAGUCUCCCGACGGAGGCAAGGCAUGCGCGUUGGCGUUCCUCCCGGGGAGAAUCAGAAGGAAAUCCUGGAACAGAUUCUCGGACCUUUCAAGCACGACCUAGUCAGACUAUUUAUCAACAGAUUCAAUGCAGCAUUCCCUAUCUUUGAUGGGGAAAGCUUCUGGGAUGCCUUUCUUUCCAAGUCUCCAGGAGACCCGCCGGCCUCUCUCCUCUGCCAGGUUUACUCAAUGUCGCUGGUCUACUGGAAACACACACCCAAACUGGCUUGUCAUCCAAAGCCAGAUCCCCGGUACGCGGUCAACAUGACUGUAGCCGCUCUACACGAGGAGUUCUCCGCCCCGGGUCUUUCAACAAUCAGUGCGGCUCUCAUUGACCUGACCGGUCGUCCGAUAUUUUCUAUGACUGGAAAUGCCAUCAGCUGCGGUCGGAUGAUUUCCCUUGCACAUUGUCUGGGCUUAAACCGGGAUCCCAGCCACUGGAAAUUAUCCCGGGCCGAAAAGAAUCAUCGCAUAAGACUAUGGUGGGCCGUUGUGAUACAUGAUCGCUGGGGGAGCUUUGGCCAUGGCGUGCCUCCUCAGAUCGCCAAAAAUCAAUACGAUGUCCCUCUUCCCACCGUUGAUGUACUGAUACCUCAGGCCUCUCGCACCCCCGAGCGCAUCCGCGCUACUCACUGCCACAUCGCGCUGUGCCGGCUCACCGAAAUCCUAGGAGAGUUGCUGCCACUCGUCUACGGUCUCCAAUACCAAGCCCACCGCGAAAUCACGAAGAAGGUGCGGCAGAUCCGAACCGAUCUUGAUGCAUGGGAGGACUCCCUCCCUAACUGGCUACAAACCCCCCCUCUAAGCUCUUCUGAGGAGCGUAUCGCGGGGACAAGCAGUCUGCAACUAGGCUUCCUGGCCGUGAAGAUGCUUGUCAGCCGCGUAGAGCUGAACAAAGUCAAUAAUACCGAGGGAGAUAACCCUGAAGCUCGCCGCUACUUCCAAACCGAAUGCCGACAAUCUGCAGAAGAGAUCGUGCAAUUUAUCUCCUCCCUACAGAAAGAAAACUUCCAGGAAUUCUGGCUUCCCUAUAGCGCCUUCCACCUCACCACAACCGCCACCCUCCUCGUCCGAUGCGCCCUUGAAACCACCGACCCGGAAGUCGCCCGCUCCUGCCUCACGAACGUUGAAACCUUUCGGUCGAUUCUCCACCGCGUACGCGAGGAAGAAGACUGGGAUGUGGCCGACAUGUGCCUCGAUCACUGCGAGCGCCUCCUCAACCGACUCCCUAGAAACAACAACCCCAAUAGCAACGCAACCACGGACCACACCUUCAUGCAGCCGGAUAAUCAGCUUGUCAAUCCGGCGGCGAUAUCGCUGCCCGAGACGCAGACUAAUAAUGAUAUCGUGGACGACAUGAUGAGUAUUUCGGGGACAUUUGGGACGAUGGAUGGGUUUCCGUUUGAUAUGACGGGAAUCUGGGACGUGAGUGUUUUCCAGGAUGUUAAUCUCUCGUGAUGGGAUGGAGGAGUGGCCGGCGGGAGGCUGGCUGGAUGCUAUUCUGGCUACGUAAUUCUUAGGGAUGGGUAGGAGUAGGUAGGUGAUAGUAGUUGACUUAGGAGGGCGAGUUGGUUGGUUGGUGGUCUCUAUUCAACAACAGAG